GAAUGUUCGGGGGCAAUGGAUGUGAAGGCACAUCACCUGACGGAGAGUGCCAAAGCGGAAAGGCGAACGACCGUCUCGACACCUCUCCGGCAGCGACCGUCGACGGGGAAGUUGCUGGAGCUGACUCCUCUCUGGGAAGCUGUUUUAAGAUAUAAUCGUUUCCCCCAGAACGUGGACAAGACCCACGUGUUCACCGAGCUGGCCGUUCGCCUCAACGACCCGGAAUGGGAAGUGCGCCAGCAUGCACUGCGGGUCCUCGCAGAUAUUGUGCCCGUCAUAGGGAAAGGUACAAGCGCUGAAGAUCUAGACGCUCUCAUGGUGCCCGUCGUCCUUAGCGACGUCACCCACAACUUGGGCCAUCCGGCUCCCGCCGUUAGGACUAGCGCGCAGUAUGUUCUUCUGGCCUACUUGAAAUCGACUUCCGACCCCGAAUUUGUCCUGCGAUCGGUCGUUAGUGCCGGCCUCGAAUCGCCGGCAGCUUCCGGAGGUCUGUCGACGACUGUGAUUCACGUACUUCCGAACCUGUUGGAUCAGACAGUGUCCCUCUCCCACCAGAGUCUCGUACACCUCGUUACAGCUGUAUCGAAAAAGUUGACCCAAAUGAACUACCAGAGGCAAGCGGUGGAGACUUUAAACAAAAUUAGAAGUCACGUCGGGGAAACUCGUUUUGAUCAUUUCCUAGAAAGUUACUAUCCCCAGGUCAAAAGAGAUUUGGACGUGCUUUGUCAAGUAUAUCAAGUUGAACCUAGUAUCAGAGAUUCCGGAAUAGACUUACAAAGUCCAACAACUGCGAUUCAGGAAGAAUAUUGGAGCGAGUCAAGUAUUUCCCCUACGCAGAAAAUCGAAGAUGUGAAACCGGAGGGCUACGACGGGGCAGAGAGCGAUCAGGACUCCGAAGAAGAGAAAAUGCAGGAGGAGAAAGAAAACAAUAACAAAAAUGAAAUAAAACCUGUUAGUAAUUCCGUCCCGAUUCCAAUUUUAGAAAAUGACGGCUCUUCACCAAAAAUCCAAACUCCUAAGGCCGAAGACGAAGAGAAGAAAACGCCUAGGAGAGUAAGAUUCGGGGGAGAAGUGGUCAAGCUGCGAACUCCUGACAGUGACAUAACCGUCGAAGUUGCAGAAGGAUCAAUUGCAAGUCCAACAAACGAAGCCCAAAACGAUCUAGAGCCUUCCUUCGAAAUUAUACAGCAAAACAACGAGAAAAGAAUUCGCUCGAGCCACAUACCCAUCCCUAUCGCUCCGGUGGCUGGACGACCCAGACCGAGGUACUACGAACAACCUAAACCACCACCACCUUCGACAAUUCCGAAUUACGACGGUGGAGAUUCUUUAACUAGCUCUUCCGAAGGUGAACAAUACAAAACGAGAGACUUCUUUCAACUUCAGCAAGAUGAAGAAAUGAUGAAUUUGAGUUUUUUACCGCCAGACCUUUUGCAACUUUUAAUUAAAAAGGAUGAUUGGAGAACAAGAGUUCGAGGUUUGGACAGGCUGGCCUCCUGGGCCCCAGGGAGGUUGAACAGUGAAGAAGGGAGGCAUUUGCUCCUUUAUCUGGUCGGAUGUCUUAGCGAGGACCCAAGGCCUCCCAGGUUAGUCGCUAGUCUCCUGCGGGCAACCAGAGCAUCUCUUUCAAUUUCUCCACCCUGCCUGGGAUCCUUGUUGCCUUGGCUUGUUCCUGCUCUCUGUCGCCACCUGGCCGGAGGAGCCCCUCUUCCGGCAAGGCUUGAGGCCGUCGAAGCUAUCAAAACCUUGAUGAGGAUAGCCACACCAGGUCCCAUUGUUGCUAUACUCUUCAGCGACAGGUGCCUCUACUCUAGAAGUUCAAAGCUCCGUGAAAAUUCUUUGCUCUGUCUUCUCUACGCACUUAUGACAUUCCCCAGCAACGAGUUCGACUGUCCAAUCCUUGCUGAGAAGAUCAUCGCAAUGGCAAUCACCGAGCCGAAGCGGAGAGUGCGUCAGGCCAUUCUUGAGAGCCUGGCCGUUCUAGCGCAAUUCGUCCCAAGGAACACCCUCAUUCUCCACGCUGAGGACUAUGACAACCCAGAUGACGCUAUGUUCUUCUAUGAGGGCCUCCAGGCAAGGCUCGCACGCAGGCAACUUCCAGCCGUCUCUCACGAAGGUCUUGUUCUAUAUUCUCUCCAGAUACCACCAACGACAGGUGUGCUUGAGUUUUAUCGGCUUAGGAAAAACAGCCCUUUCAGAGAAAGUUCAUGUAAAUGGACACACAAUUUGGGAACAGAUGUAGAAUGGAUUUUGAGUGGUUCAGGCUCGUUGUCAUCUGGAUCUGCCAGGUCUAGAUCUCAGCUUGAUAAUUCGCAAAGAAUUGUCAGCCAGUCUUCUGAAAGCAUGUUUAAUAGUUGGAAUCGGGAGCCAACAAACACAAAUCUGAUGGCUGUUGGUACAGCAAUACCUCAACGGAAUAGCUAUGAGUUCCUGUACAAUAAUAAUUUUGAUGAUAGAGCAUCUUACGAUCAGAUCUGGUCAAAUGACCCAAGACACAAUCAUCCUUCUUUGACCCAAGGAACACGGCCAAUCUAUGUGAAUUAUCAAAAUGGACCAGAUUUACAAAGAGGAUCAGUACCAGAAAAAGGAUUUCCACAACUGAAUGUAAGUUAUGCUGGAGGCUAUCCGAGGAGAAUGGGAAGAACUGAACUUAGUCAGAGCUGGUCUGGUACAAGGUGGGCACCCCAGCAUGAUCCUCCUCCGCACGUCAGCAUGAAACAAAGUCUACCCCCUAUCGGCCCUCAAACAAUUGACUGGCGAAUCAGAAAAGAUAACAAUCAACAGGAUUCUGGAUUCAGAAUAAUGCAACAGGAAGAGCUAAAAAAAGGAAGGUGGUCAAGACGACAAGACAGUUCAGUCCACAAGUCCAGAUUAAUAAAUGGAAGCGUAAUAAAAGAAAAUGGAUUUUCAAAAUCUCUAAGAAAUUCUGAAGCUUCAAGGUCUGAUACCUCACUGGCAAGAUCAGACAUAUCACUAACUCGAACAGACCUUAGUUCGACUAAAUCAAUCGAAAAUGGACUUGCAUCCUCGACACCCUCAUUACGACAAAUCGACUCAAAUGCCAGUGAGAUCAACUUGGAAACAAACAACACUCCAGGGACAUCAGUGACUUCCAGUUUAGCCAGUGUCAACAGUCAACUUCAAUUAGAGGAAUCUGUAGAUCCUGUUGAAGACGAAGUGAACGAAAACACAGAGCCAGGUGAUCCUUUAAAAUCACCUUCUCUCUCGCAAAAAGAGUUUGAUGAAACACCAAUAAAUCCUGAGACAAAAUCAACUGGUACUCCAAACAGUGAGUUCGGAUCUGAAAGUAGCCGGAUCACUGAGGAAAGUGUAAACACUAUUGAUAGCACAAGAUCUGACAGAAGUGGAGAGGUGAAGCCAAAGAGGAGAAUCCCAAGAGCUAUUGACUACAAAAUUAGGACCAAAAUUAGUGGUUCUCCAGUGACAAAAGAAAACAGUAAAACUAGUUUAUACCCUCCUUCAUUACCACCAUUUGAAAAUCCAAAGGACGCUUUGAACAAAGCAUUUUUACAAAUAGAAAAUCCAGAAUGGGAGGUCGUUAUGCAAGGUUUACAGGCUAUUGUGAGACUUGCCAGACAUCACGGGAAGGUCUUACAAAAUUCGACACAUGCUAUAGUCGCACCCCUUACAAAACAAAUUAAGAAUUUAAGAUCACAAGUUUCAAGGGGAGCUUGCCAGUGUGCAGGAGAGCUUUUUACAACAUUAGGUCGCAAUUUAGAUCCAGAUGCAGAGGAUAUAACUGGUGCUUUACUUUCACGAAUGGCUGAUACAAAUAAGUUCCUCAGAGCUGACAGUAGCACUGCUUUAGAUGCAAUGGUUGAUAAUAUAACUCCUUAUAAAAGUGUUUCUGCCUUAGUCAGUAAAGGAGCAAAGCACCAGAAUGCGAUUAUUCGUGGAGCAACAUGCCGACUUCUUCUUAGAUUGUGCACAAGACUGGGUCCAGAGAGGACUAUGAAUUUACAAAAAGAAACUAGAGAUGCAAUAUUGAGUACAGGGGCAAAAUUUUUAACUGAAGGAAGUUUAGAGACAAGGAAGUAUGCAAAAGAGAUGUUCACCAUGCUAUCAUCGGACCCCAAACUCCUUACAAUUUUAACUGAUAUUGUGCCAUCCAAUGUCAUGAGGAGCAUUCAAAAAGUACUGACGAUAAUUACAUCUAAAUAAGAAUAAAAUGACUGUUGAUCAAUA